UGGGCUCAGACUUUUAAGUUAAUUUACUGCCCCCCCCCCCCCCCAACCUCUGCUAGUAACCAGCGCCUUUAGGGCCAGCCUCCCCCCACCCAGCUCCCGCCUGAAAAUGACAUUUCGCCGGCGUCUCCGGAGGGGGCUGAAUUUCACUUUGUAACUUUCUGCGGAACCCGAGCCCGGGUGGCAGCUCGGGUGGUGGUAUCGUAUGCAAAUACGCAUGCUGACGUUACAGAUCAUGUGGGUUUUGGCGUAGAUUCCCCACUGAUCGAGACAUUUUUUUUCCCCUUUUUUUUUUCCCCCCUUCUUUUUUUUUUUUUUUUUUCUUUUUAAAAUUUUGGCCACUGUUCCCCGUACGGGGGCUUUUCCUGUCCGUCUGUCUGGCAGGCUGGCCGUGCCCCUCUUUCCCACGGAGCCCGAGCCCCGCGCCCGGUGGGGAGUGGGGAGUGGGUGGGGGGAGCCAGCAGAGUUCCAUUUUGGAACGCCCGUGCCGCGUCUCCGCGCUCCCAGCCCGGGUCCCCGCGUCCCCAGCCCCGGCGCAGGUCUUGACACACCGACAGCUCUUGGAGUCAACAUGUACCGAGAUUCCCAGGAUGUAAGCAAUCCGGGACUGAUAUGAUGCUGCCUCUUGUGUGUAGCCAUUGGAGCAGUGACAAUUUUCUGGGCUGAGAUCAUUCUCAACACUCAAACAUUAGACUUCAGCAUUCAAGGAAAGCCAAAGCCAUUGGAGGGGGACUACAAGCCCAAAGCCUUUUAUCUUACUUGUUCCAAAAAUCUCACUGCCCCUUUCCUACCUGCCCACCCCUGCCCCGCCCCCAGAUUAAACUAUCGCACACAGACAGGCAGCAUGGCGAGCAAGCGAAAAUCCACCACGCCGUGCAUGGUUCGGACCCCACAAGUAGUAGAACAGGAUGUGCCCGAGGAGGGAGACAGGGCCAAAGAGAAAGGAAUCAGCACGCCACAGCCUGAAGCAGCCAAGGACAGUUGGACAGUGGAACCCGAAAACUCUUCCAAAGAAAAUGAAGUGAUCGAAGUGAAAUCUACAGGGGAAAACCAAUCCAAAAAACUCCAAGGUGGUUACGAAUGCAAGUACUGCCCCUACUCCACGCAAAACCUGAACGAGUUCACGGAGCACGUCGACAUGCAGCACCCCAACGUGAUCCUCAACCCCCUCUACGUGUGUGCCGAAUGUAACUUCACAACCAAAAAGUACGACUCCUUGUCUGACCACAACUCCAAGUUCCAUCCCGGGGAGACCAACUUCAAGCUGAAGUUGAUCAAGCGCAAUAAUCAGACUGUCCUGGAGCAGUCCAUCGAAGCCACCAACCAUGUCGUGUCCAUCGCCGCCGCCGGCCCCGCCAGCAGCGACGGUGAUCCCGGCAUCUCCGUGAGUAAGACGCCCAUCAUGAAGCCAGGGAAACCAAAAGCUGAUGCCAGGAAGGUGCCCAAGAAGCCCGAGGAGGCCACCCCCGAAAACCACGUGGAGGGGACGGCCCGCCUGGUGACUGACGCGGCUGAGAUCCUCUCGAGACUCGGAGGCGUGGAGCUCCUCCAGGACACGCUAGGGCACGUCAUGCCUUCUGUCCAGCUCCCACCAAAUAUCAACCUUGUCCCCAAGGUCCCCGUCCCGCUGAAUACUACCAAAUACAACUCCGCCCUGGACACGAAUGCCACCAUGAUCAACUCCUUCAACAAGUUCCCAUACCCAACUCAGGCUGAACUGUCCUGGCUGACCGCUGCCUCCAAGCACCCGGAGGAGCACAUCAGAAUCUGGUUCGCCACCCAGCGCUUAAAGCAUGGCAUCAGCUGGUCCCCGGAGGAGGUGGAGGAGGCCCGGAAAAAGAUGUUUAAUGGCACCAUCCAGUCGGUACCCCCGACGAUCACCGUGCUGCCAGCCCAGUUGGCGCCCACCAAGAUGUCACAGCCCAUCCUCCAGACAGCACUGCCAUGCCAGAUUCUCGGCCAGACCAGCCUGGUGCUGACUCAGGUGACAAGCGGGUCGACGACCGUCUCUUGCUCCCCCAUCACACUUGCCGUGGCCGGAGUGACCAACCACGGCCAGAAGAGACCUUUGGUGACUCCCCAGGCUGCCUCCGAGCCCAAGCGUCCACACGUCGCUCAGGUGCCAGAGCCCCCACCCAAGGUAGCCAACCCCCCUUCCCUGACCCCGGCCAGCGACCGCAAGAAGACAAAGGAGCAGAUCGCGCAUCUCAAGGCCAGCUUUCUCCAGAGCCAGUUCCCCGACGACGCAGAGGUCUAUCGGCUCAUCGAGGUGACCGGCCUGGCCAGGAGCGAGAUCAAGAAGUGGUUCAGCGACCACCGGUACCGGUGUCAAAGAGGCAUCGUGCACAUCACCAGCGAAUCCCUUGCCAAAGACCAGCUGGCCCUCGCGGCCUCCCGACACGGCCGCACGUACCAUGCGUACCCAGACUUCACCCCACAGAAAUUCAAAGAAAAAACCCAGGGUCAAGUUAAGAUCCUGGAAGACAGCUUUUUGAAAAGCUCCUUCCCGACCCAAGCGGAACUGGACAGGCUAAGGGUGGACACGAAACUCAGCAGGAGGGAGAUAGAAUCCUGGUUCUCGGAGAGACGGAAGCUUCGGGACAGCAUGGAGCAAGCUGUCUUGGAUUCCAUGGGGGCCGGCAAAAAAGGCCAAGACGUGGGGGCCCCCAACGGUGCUCUGUCUCGGCUUGACCAGCUCUCCGGAGCCCAGUUAGCCGGUUCCCUGCCCAGCCCCUCACCAGCAAUUACAAAGAGUCAAGAACAGGUCCAUCUCCUGCGAAGCACGUUCGCCAGAACCCAGUGGCCCACCCCCCAGGAGUACGACCAGUUAGCGGCCAAGACCGGCCUGGUCCGGACUGAAAUCGUGCGUUGGUUCAAGGAGAACAGAUGCUUGCUAAAAACCGGGACCUUGAAGUGGGUGGAGCAGUCCCAGCACCUAGCCGGCGAGGCCGGCCACGGCCACGGCCACGGCCACGACGCAGCGCCGAGGAAAACCGCGAGAGCCGUCGUCGCCGAGAGCCCAAAGAAUGGGAGCGAGGUGGGUCAGCCCCACUACAAGGACCCCAAAAAGCUCUGCGACGAGGACUUGGAGAAGUUAGUACCCAGGGGGAAAGUGAGCAAUGAGCAGGCAAAAGACGGUGCGCCGGCCAAGCCUUCGGAAGGCACCUCGGACAGGUCGGAGGGCAGCAGCCGGGACGGCCCGGGCAGCGACGAGAACGAGGAGUCGGGCGUUGUGGAUUGGGUGGAGGUCACGGUCGGAGAGGAGGACGCCGUCUCAGACAGGUCCGACAGCUGGAGUCAGACCGCAGCCGAAGGCGCCGCCGAACUGGCCGGCUCGGACUCCGACAGCAUCCCGGCAGAGGCCGGCCAGGCCUAACAGGUCUGGGUCUUUGCCUUGGCCUGGCUAAAGGAAGGCAUGGAUGUCACCAAGUCACCCAGCUUCUAAUCGCGCUGAUUGGGUCCCUGGAACCCCUUCAGAUCUGGAAGAGACGGAUGCAAAUGAGGCCCGAGGAGCCACAAAAGCCUGGGAAGGGAGGUUGUCAUGGUUACUAAUGGCCGUGUCAUCCACAUGAUGGGACACGGCACCCAAGCCCCGAUGUUUGUGCUUUCGGGAGAGGUCUGUACACAUCAAGGCCUAAAGGCCCGACUGCCAGCUCCGUGGUGGGUUCAGAAUAGAGGGGGCAGCAGGGCGAGGGGCGCGGGAGGCAAAGAUCACCUCGGCCAAAGCCGAAAUGUUCCAAGGGCAGCGUGGAACCAGGAGGAAGACGCGCGAUUUACCAUCUGCCCGCAUGGGCUUCUCCAGGGGUCACUUAAAAGACAACAGAAGGGGACACCCCCAUGUCAUCUUUUCAAGUAAUAAAAUAAAGGUAAGAACCUCCAGAAUGAUUGAUAAGGUCCCAAAAGGAGUCCUGGAAGUUCCCAUACCUCUUUAGUAAUGAGUCCGGACAACUUUGGCUGGUGAGCCACUCGUUGGUUCAUUUAUUUUGUAGUAGGAUAAGGUGCCUGGCCACAAAAUAAAGUCUUCUGGAAACCUUGUUUUUAGCAAGUUCCAUGAAAAUUUCACUAGCCAGCUAGUUAAAAUGAUUUAAGGAACAGCCAGGUGCAGAUGCCAUCAAGUCUUCCUUCCCCGCUACCCCAGCUUUUCAGGAGGGGGCAGUAAUGGGUUACAGGUGACAAUGCAGCAUUGAGGGAGGGGCUAGUGAUCAGAGGGAGCUGAAGACUACGGAGGCCACAAAUAGCACCCUAGGCCCGCCACCAUCUGGCUGUCUUGGUUCCUCUCUCUGGCUAUUUUCCUGCCUUCUUAAGAGACCGUACCAGCCCAGCCUGUAUCUGCCUUGUUGAAAUGAGGGAGCGUUUUUGUUUUUUUUUUUUUUUUUGGUCCAAUCCAAAUCUGCCUGAAAACUCCUAGCUUGCCUUGUCUUCUUGACCUUUUCCAGUGCCUGACAGAGUCUACGUGAUUGCUUUUUCCUCCUGCCAUGGAGUGGACGACAGUCAGUUCAGUUCAGCAAAUCAAUUCUGCACACCUACUGUGUGCCGCGCUCUGUGCUAAGCACCAAGACGACGGGAUGAAGAAGACAGAUGAGGGUCCUCACACACAUGGAGCUCAGUCAGGCCAAGGAGAGAGGAAACUGCUCUUUCCUUUACUAGCCAGGGUGAUCCAUGGUGUGACCAGGAGACUAACUCGGGCUGAGGUCAGGGCAGGCUUCCUGGAGGAAGGGACAUCUGCCUCAGGGGCUAGCUGAGGGGAAGGAGUUAGCCCGUGCACCAGCAAGGAAGAGAGGUUCAUGUGGAAGGAGUAGACAAGGCAAAGUUCCAGAGACAAAAGAAGGAAUGGUACAGCUGAGGAACCAAGUUUGGGCAUAGCCAGAAAGCCGAAUUGGGGGUUCAGCAGACAAUGAGAAAGGACAACUGGAAGAAAAGACGAUGGUUUUCCCCAGCAGGCAAAGCUCUUCUGGACCGAGUUUGAAUAGAGGAAUGCUGAGUGUCCCUGUAUCCCAGAGUGAGUUUGGAGGGCACUUCCAGAUCCCCAUCCCCGAGUGGCGGUUGUCUGGGGAUGGCAGCUCCCGGAGCCCCCUGAGGCCACCUGUCCCCAUCCCUUCUCCCCCAGGCAGUACCACCGCCAACAGCCAAAAAUGCCCACCUGUGUUGGCUGCCACUGUGCCUGCCCCUGACCUGAGACCCGAGAGAAACACGAAGGGGGGACACAAGGCUAAAACCAUAGAGAGCAGCUUUGGAGGGAAGGGCAGGAGGACGGAAGGGGGUACAAGGCCUCCUGAGGAUCCAAGGCAGAGAGCUAGGUACUCUGACCACAGAUGGUCUCACUCAGUGGUCCUAGUGACGCCAGAUUUUUUUUUUUUUAAGGUUUAUUUACCCACUUUAGAGAGAAACAGAGAAAGCAGGGAGAGGGGCAGUGGGAGAUAGAGAGAAAAAAAAAAAUCUUCAGCAAACUCCCUGCUGAGCACAGAGCCCAGCUCGGGGCUUGAUCCCCUGACCCUGAGCUCAUGACCCAAGCCCAAAUCAAGAGUCGGAUGGAUGUUCAGCCUACUGAGCCACCCAGGCACCCCCCUGUAAUUUUUUACAAACCCAAAAACGGAGGCUCGGAAACCAAGGAGCUUACUGUAUUCUCUGAGCCAGCACCUCAGUUCCAUCCCGGAGCCCUGGCUCCUACCGCCGUCUCUGCCUCUCUGUUUUGGACAGAAAUUCCCCAUUUCUGGCUGACCACCCACCACCCCCGUGGCGGUGUUGGGAGGUAGGGGAUACCUAGGGUGUCUAGAAUGGGCCAUUAAACAUUAGCUAAAUCAGAGAUGAAGGAACUAGCUGUUUUCUUCCCCUCUCUCCCCCUCCAAAACCCGGGAACACCCAGAAGCCCCCUUUUAUGUUUCUUUAUGGUAAACACCACAAGCACGAGCUGAGAAAUGUUCCUAAGCAAGAUGCUAAGAGCUGCUCAACACCUGGUGACAUCCAACGUCCCUAACUGGCUUCCUGGUAUUUCCAAGGUGCCACUCUAUGGAGAGACAGGCUGCGGUCCGCCCUAGGGCUGGCAUCCUGGACACAGGCACCCCUUAAAGGAACCUUUCAACUUGGAAGAAAUCCCUCCAAAUUACUUCACAGCUUUUAUGAACUGAACACAUGGGUCUCUUGAAAUUCAUAAAUAUUCAGCGAUGCCUUUAUUUAAACACGUAUUUAUUUAGGAAGCUGCUGUUGAGUUCAGUUGUCGCACGUAUAAUAAUCCUGAAAAUAAUGCACCGUUUUGGCUUCGGAGAAGGUGUUAGGGGAUGUAUAUACGAGAGAGGGAGGAUGAACUUGGGUGGGCAGCUGAGAGCAGAUGCCAGGGUUUCCCCCUUGGUGCGAGCUAAGCAUCCCCUCACUGAAGCUUCAGAAGGCUUACGUCAGUGUUCAACUCGGCCAGGCUCCCUCGGCCGUGAGGUUGGACAGAAAGGUAAGGAGGCCUUUCCAGACCUUGAACUGUGUUGUCUUGAUUCAGCCUCCGGGUCCAGUUAUCAAAGCCAUCUAUUAAGAGACCUGUCCCGGUGAGAGGCUGAACAGUAAAUUUCCUCCUUUCCGAAAAAUGAGUCAGAAUACUUGAGCCCCACAUGGCCAGACAUAUGCCUCGAUGUUUGGCCAGAUGGAAUAUCCCAGAACUCCUACUACUGAGAGUUUCUAUUUACUGGCCUGUGCCAUGUGCUUGGGAUUCUUCUGCACACAUCCAGUAACUCGCUGAAACUUCAUUUCAUCCCUGUGAGAUAAGUGUGGCUUUCUUCCCAUUUUGCAGAGGGCAAAACUGAGGCUCGGAGAGAUUUGCCCUGUGUUCCACAGCUCAGGGCUGGCGGAGGCUAGAGGCCACCUCUCGUCUGUUGGGUCAGUGCCUGACCCAGGCACAGGGACAGCACCACUACAGCUCAGCCUGGACCAACAGGGCUUGGCCGCUUCUUAAUACAAUACACAAAAAACGAAUACACAAGUAUUCAUUUGCUAAUUCUGCUCCCUCCCAGUUUCUGACAAUUUCCAACUCACGAUUAGGGAUGGCUUUGGAGAAGAGAUAAAUUUUGUGAAAUGCCAGAAAAAUAUUUUCCAUAGUUCAGCUUGCUUCAAAAAUUCAAGGCUACCCAGUGUUGCAUCCUGGCUACCAUUUAGGAUCUGGGAUAUGUGUGCCCCCCGCGAUCUGUUCAGAUUAGCUGUCCAAAUACAGAUAUUUGAAUGAGCGGAUGGAUGGAUGGAUAGAUGGGUGGGUGGAUGAAAAUGUAAUUAUCUGUUUCCGGAUCUCUCCUCCACCAGACCCUUGAACACAGGGACCAUAUCCCAUUCAUCUCUGAAUCCCCAGUGCCUAAUAGGAAGCAAAUACACAACAGCAAUGUACUGAACCACCCUGAGAGUUAGCAAACGUAGUUGGCUCUCAGUUGUCUGGAAUCCGACGUUUCAGGCCUUGGCUCCUCCUCCUCAUCUUCUGUCACUCAGUGGCAUCCUUGGCGGACAACAGGCAGAGGAGUGGAGCCGGGGACAGCCUGCUCUCCAUGUGUGCGAGCAGCUGAAGGAAAAGGUCUGCUGGAGAACCUGUCACUGGGCGAUGCUUCUCGGGGACUACGAGUUAGCCUGGCGGCCCCUAAACUAAUAAAGUUAAAUGCAACACUUCCGUUUACCUGAUUCUGGAGCUUCUCACAACAGGAGCUCUCACUGUGCUUUGGGAAGCUUGUAGCAACUUAGGAACCAUGACGUCUGAGUUCCCUCAUCUGUCAGAGGAAGGAUGUGGGUCCUAAGGAAAGGAAGUCACCGUGCCAGAGCCGCCUGUCGUAAGUGAUGUGGCGCCUUCGUGCAUCAGGUAUCUGGGGAAUGCCUGUGGCAUGCCAGGUUCUGGGGGUUAGGGGGGCUGCUGUGCCCAGCGUGUCCCUGUCCUCAUGGAGCCCACAGUCUCGUGAGGAAUGAAGCUUUAAGCAAACAAAAAGGAAGGACUGCCAUGCUGACAAGUUUUUUGAAGGAAAGGUCCCUGGUCUGUGAGAAUAUGGAAUAGGAGAAUUUGACUUGAUUUCAGGGGUUGGGGGAGUUUUCUUGAGAGAUAAUAAAUGACUUGAAAUCUGAAAAGUCAAGUACGAGUUGGCUGAGCAGUGAGGAGGGGACCACAUUCAAGCAGAAGGUAGAGCGUACUCAAAGCCCCUGAGGCCAGAGGGAACUUAAGACAUCAGGGACCUAAAAGGUGGCCAUUGUGGCUGUGAUUUGCCUGAGUUCACACUCUAUAGACAUGCAGAGGUGAAAAGCCAGAGUGCUACGUGGACUCACGUAUAAUCCAAAUUUCUCUUGAUAUUCUUCUACCUCACCCAUAAAGAAGACUCUGCAUGGUUCUGUGUGUAGGAUCCUGUAGAGAAAGGUUGAGACACCCUGAGAUGCUCCAGGAAGGAGUGAAAGGAAAGUCAUGUUGGAGAGAGCUGGGUGUUCAGACCUUCCUACCCUCGUGGUAAAUGGAGGACGGAUGGUGGAAAAUUCUAGAGCAUCCACAUGCGCAUUACUUUAUUCUGUCUUAUUAGUAAGUUUUUGUAACCUUAACACUUAUGAUAUUAGUCAAUGAGGGCUGCCAGAACAGAACAGACUGAGUGCUUAAACAACAUAGAUUUAUUUCCUCACCAUUCCGGAGGCUGGAGGGUCAAGAUCCAGGUGCCAGCAGGGUUGGCAGAUGGCCACCUUGUCUCUGUGUGCUCUCCUGGUCUUUCCUCUGCGCAUGCGCACUCCUGGUCUCUUCUUACAGGGACACUAGGGCCCCACCCCUAUGACCUCAUUGAACCAUAAUCACCUCCUUGAAGGUCCAUCUCCUGGUACAGUCAUACUGGGGAUUGGGCUUCUGCAGAUGAAUGGUGGGGGAGGGGACAUAAUUCAAUCCAUGGGACUAACAGAGUUGUCUCUUGUUGUCAGGAAUAAAUUAAAUAAUACAAGUGAAAUUCUCUAAAUGCAGUGGGUGGGGGGGGCGGCAUGCAUUAGUAUCAGCAAUGCUCAGCUGCCCACUCUGCAUUGAGUCCUUUCUCUAUGGAGAAGACCUUGGCCGACUGCUUCCUGCCUUUCCAAGUUGACUUUUCAGUUGAGGCCCCACUUGUACAAGCUCAAGCCUUUAGGUGUUAAUUGCAUCUCAGAGGGGUGGGGGUCGGGGUGGGAGCUGAGCCCUUACUGUGCCGGGCACUUUGCAUGUGUUGACAACGCUCUGAAGUCAACAUUUUUUUAAAUUUUAUGGUGGAGGAGAAUGAGGCACAGAAAGGUAACUCAUCCAAGAUCGUUGAGCUGGAAAGUGGGGGAGCUGGCAUUCAGACCCAAAUCCACAUGCGUAAACAUGAGGGCUGUGCCUUCUGAAUUUAAAAUACAACUCUGUUUGCUCAAAUACUUUGGACUCCUCUGGAUAAUAUCCUCAGUUGGAAAAAGGGCAGAAAGAACCAGUGACCCCUCUGAUUCCUCCACCCAGCCUCCUUGCAAGCAGGCUGGGGGAGAUGUACCAGGCUUUUAAGUCUCAGCAAUUCCCCCAAGCCCAGAGGCUCCCCAAACUGCUGCAGGAAAAAGAGCACUGGCCAGAUGUGUCUUGGCCAGAUGUGCCUGAGUUGACCGAGGCCUGGCAUGGGAAUGAUUUAGGAUGGGAUGGAGUCUUCCUGGUCCCCCAGGGAAAUUGCUUAAUCACUCUCCCUGCCACCGUGUUUUCCUUUUCCCAAUUCUAAUUAAAAUCAGACCAUGCCCCCUCACAAGAAAAGAAAGUUUGCCUCAAGUAUUAUUAAGAUAAUAAAUCACUAUCACAGUGCUUGUUUUUCUCACGGAGUACCGUGUUACACUCUCCUGAGUCCACAGGGCUUAGGGAAAUCCCUACAGGGAAAAUUAAAGAGACACAGAAACAGAAAGGUAUCACAUGGGAAAAGAAUUCUAAUUUUUUCAUGUUUCCCCAGUGGGUAAAGUAAUAAAGAAGCAGAUUUUGCUAAAGAAUUAGAUAGUACUUUUUAACCUUCCAAGCUGUCCCCAAGAUAGAAAGGGAGGCAGAGGGUUCCCUGUCCUGGGCAGGGUUCAGGGAGAGAUGUUGGUAGAGAUGUUUGGUAGAGAUGUUUGAAUAGUGGCCAUAAGCGAAGGGCCCGACGACCUUGCUGUUUCCUCCCAUAGCCGAGAUCCAAUGCUCUAGGAUCAAGUAAUCCAUUGGGUCCCUGGUUCUCUGCAGGGGGAGUGUCCCCGACCAGGGACCAGUGGUAAGAUUGCAGCUCGAAGCCCAGGGGAUUAGCAAGAGGCCACAUCCUCAAAGUCACUGUACUACUGGAAAAUAGAAACCCAGAAGGGAGCUCUGUCACCAGUCUUGGGUAACCAGCCAUGCCUCCCAAAGCACUGUGCUUUUUCCCAUUUUUCAUUCACUAAUGAACUUCGGAGUAUACUUUUGGGGGCCAGACCCAGGGCAGGGGGGUUGGGGUGUGGGGCAGGGGUCUUGCAGUGAACGCUCUUGGCCCCACCCAUGUCCUCACAGGAUGGACAGUUAGCCAGGCAGUGUGAAGACAGUGUGACUCGGUUGUACUGGGAUGCCCAGGUGCGGGAGAGUCUCACAAGGAGACCGGAGGGCACCAGGGAGCAAGGCUUUCCAGGGAAGCAACCUGUGGCUGGCCAAGGCUGCCUAUAGGGAAGGCGCUGGGGCCAUUGCUCUGUCCCUCCUGGGGAUCAUGCCCUGCCUUCUGUUUCCAGCGGCUUCCCAGCCUCUCUCUGAGAGCCCCGCCGGCUCCCACAAUCCUGCCCGCGGCUGUGCACCCUAGGAGAGGUCAAGGAGAGCUGAAGUCCAGCGGCUCUCAGGGUGCCUCCGAGGGCCCAGAGCCAACCAAAGACAUCCGCGGUCUCUGCAGAAGCAGCUCUGUCUCCUUUUCUCCGGGUCACCCUCUUGCCCUUGCAGUCUGUUUUGGGGAGGUUUUAAGGAUUUUGUUCAGUAGUUUUUUCUUCCUUAAUACGUCUGGUUGGAGGAUUGUGUGUUCGUGUCCACAGGACCCGACACAGGGAACCCGAACACAUUGCCAGAUGAAGAAGCACCUUUAUGCUGAGGUGUAUCUAAAAAUGUGAGACUUUGGGCCUUUGGAGAGAUGUGGUUCCGUUCCAUUUUUUUUUUAAUUUUUAUUUAUUUAUUUGAGAGAGAGAGAGACAGUGAGAGAGAGCAUGAGCGAGGAGAAGGUCAGAGGGAGAAGCAGACUCCCCGUGGAGCUGGGA